AACAGCAGUGUCGUGUUCCCGCGCCUAUAACAACAGCCAAACUUUUUGGACACCACAUCACACCUCAAGAAGCAACCAAGAAACGCGCGCGGCUGGGUGCAGAUCAUCGACGGCGGAACGAAACGAAAGCAGCCCAUAACGAUCUCUUCGACUCGACCGGCCAUGGACCCGCGGUGCAGCGGCCACUGGGAGAGCUCGUCGGAGGACGUGACGAGGUCGCUGCUGCCCCUGCACGACAUCACGGCGGACGGCGGCGCCCACCGCCCCCCCUGCUCGCCGCUCGUCGCGUCGCUGCUCGCCAACAGGUACCUGUCGAUCGCGGCCGGCCCGCUGGCCGCCGCGCUGAUCUGCGCGCUCGUCGACCUGGGCCCCGGGCACGCGGCGGCGCGCAACAUGCUCGGCGUGCUGGCGUGGGUGUUCAUCUGGUGGAUCACCGACGCCGUGCCGCUGGCCGUCGCGUCCAUGGCGCCGCUCUUCCUCUUCCCCGUCUUCGGCGUCUCCUCCGCCGACGCCGUCGCCAAGGCCUACAUGGACGACGUCAUCUCCCUCGUGCUCGGCAGCUUCAUCCUCGCCCUCGCCAUCGAGCACUACAACAUCCACCGCCGCCUCGCGCUCAACAUCACGUCGCUCUUCUGCGGGGACCCGGUGAAACCGGCGCUGCUGCUGCUGGGCAUCUGCGGCACCACCAUGUUCGUCAGCAUGUGGAUCCACAACACGCCCUGCACCGUCAUGAUGAUGCCGGUGGCCACGGGGAUCCUGCAGAGGCUCCCCGGCGACGCGGCCGCCGGCGCCGACGCGCGCGAGUUCAGGCGGUUCUCCAAGGCGGUGGUGCUCGGCGUCGUGUACGCGUCGGCGAUCGGCGGGAUGGCCACGCUCACCGGCACGGGCGCCAACAUCAUCCUGGUGGGGAUGUGGUCCACCUACUUCCCGGAGCAGGAGCCCAUCACCUUCAGCUCCUGGAUGUCCUUCGGCCUCCCCAUGUCGCUCGUGCUCUUCGCCGCGCUCUGGGCCACGCUCUGCCUCAUGUUCUGCUCCGACAACACCGGCAGGGCGCUCUCCGCUUACCUUGACCGCACCCAUCUCAGGAGGGAGCUCAGCUUGCUUGGUCCAAUGGCUUUUGCAGAGAAGAUGGUUCUUGCCGUCUUCGGGGGCCUUAUUGUCCUGUGGAUGACGAGGAGCAUCACAGACGACAUCCCUGGGUGGUCGGUCCUCUUCCACGGCAAUGUCGGGGACGGAACAGUCACUAUCAUGAUGGCGACGCUGCUCUUCAUAAUCCCGAGCGGCAAGAGCGACGGCGAGAAGCUCAUGGACUGGGGCAAGUGCCGGCGGCUGCAGUGGCACAUCGUCCUCCUCCUCGGCGCCGGGUUCGCCAUCGCCGACGGCUUCAAAGCGAGCGGCCUGACGGACAUCCUCGCCGGGUGGCUGGGCUUCCUGCGGGGCGCGCCGGCGCUGGCCGUCGCGCCCGUGGCGUGCGCCUUCAGCGGCCUCCUCACGGAGUUCACCUCCGACGACGCCACCACCACGCUGGUGCUGCCGCUGCUGGCGGAGCUGGGCAGGACCAUCGGCGUGCACCCGCUGCUGCUCAUGGUGCCCGGCGCCGUCGGCGCGCAGCUCUCCUACCUGCUGCCCACCGGGUCGCCCGGCAACUCCGUCGGCUUCAGCACCGGCUACGUCACCAUCAAGGACAUGGUGGUCACCGGCAUGCCCAUCAAAAUCGUCGGCGUCGCCGCUCUCACGGUCCUGCUGCCAACGCUAGGUGUUGCGGUUUUUGGCAUGGAUCAGAAGGUGUAGGAAUCUCGUACUGGAAGUUCAGUUGGAUUUUUUGAACAUUUCAAUCUGUAGACUGUAGGUUACUAGUAGUAGUAUCUAGUAGGAGGAUAUUGAGGUUGUUGUACAGUGUAUAGUCAGUGGUAUAGAUAAGGCGAUUGUGCAGUCUGCAGUUGAUCUAUACCCAACUCUACCAUGUGGUUUCAGAAAAGAGAAUGUGCACCAGAUGAAAACGGAAGGAUGAAGGAGUUCGGUAUAUUCACAUGGAAA